AUGGAGACAAAAGCCACACCUGUCUUGCCUUUGGACAGUUGGCAAAAAGAUGAAGCUGAGAUUCAUCCUCGUCUGCCACAAAUAUUGCAUGAAGCUGGCUUGGCAGGAAUUCAAAGGUGCAUAUUAGAGUUGACAGAUAGAGUAUUGCGGCGAGCUCUCCAAACAAAUGAUUUGAGUUUACUGGGACUGGAGCGUCCAUGUUUGUUUCUAUCAUCCUUAGAGCGGCAUAACAAUCCUGUGUGCAUCCUUCUGCAAUUGGAAUUCUAA